ACUCUGACAUGAAGUGACGCGCUUUGGCUUUAAAGCGGCCGUUCAUAUUCACUGUCCACCACCCACCAGGAAGAGCGGAAGCCGAUCGCAGUGCGAACGUCGUUUAUAGUAUCAACCAUGGACAAUCUGAGUCACGCUAACAACACCUUCGCUCUGGACUUGUACCACGCUUUGAAUAAGGACAAACCUAGUGGAAACAUCUUCUUCUCACCGCUGAGUAUCAGCGCAGCACUUAGUAUGGUCUACCUAGGUGCACGAGGGAACACUGCUGAAGAAAUGGCUAAGGUCAUGUCCUUCAGUUCUGUCCCUGAUGUUCACACCCAUUUCAAAGCUCUCAACUCUUCCAUCAACAGUCCUAAAGCCUCCUACAUCCUCAGGCUGGCCAACAGACUCUUUGGAGAGAAAACCUUUAGUUUCUUACAUGACUUUUUGGACUCCACUCAGAAGUUCUAUCAAGCUGAGCUGCAGGCAGUUGACUUCAUUGGAUCAUCAGAGGAGUCACGGCAGCUCAUCAACCACUGGGUAGAAGAGCAGACUGAGAGUAAAAUCAAAGAUCUUCUGAAGCCAGGGAUGGUCACUGGAAUGACACGUCUUGCCCUUGUGAAUGCUAUCUACUUUAAAGGCAAUUGGUUGCAAAGAUUUAAUGCUCAAGACACCACAGAAAUGCCCUUUCAGAUAAAUAAGAAUGAGAAGAGACCUGUAGAGAUGAUGUAUCAGAAAAAGAAGUUCCCCUUCAACUACAUCCCUGAGUACCGCCUGCGGGUUCUGGAGUUGCCGUAUGUGCAGGAGGAACUGAGCAUGCUGGUGCUUCUCCCUGAGGAGGCUGGGGAUGGUUCUGACCCACUGCAGAAGCUGGAGAGUGAACUGACAGUGGAUAAGCUGCUCGAAUGGACCAAUCCAGCCAACAUGGACGCAGGGACAGACAUUAAUGUCCACCUCCCAAAAUUCAAGCUGGAGGAGGAAAGUUCUCUGAAGAACACGUUAACUAAGAUGGGCAUGGUCUCUUUGUUCCAGUGCAAUUCUGCAGAUCUGACAGGCAUGAGCAGCACUGCGGGUCUUUUUCUGUCUGCAGUGGCCCACAAAGCCUUUGUGGAGGUGAAUGAGGAAGGCACAGAGGCAGCUGCAGCCACAGCAGGCAUUGUGAGUUUCUGCAUGUUCAGAGAGGAGAACUUCAAGGCAGACCACCCCUUUCUGUUCUUCAUCAGACACAACACCACCAAGAGCAUUCUCUUUUUUGGCAAGUUCACGGGCCCAGCCUAGUGAUAUGGUGUAUAACCUUUUGUUAUUAUUCAAUGAAUGCUUGUUUAAAGUAUUUGUAUUAAUAAAAAUUCACUCUUUCACUUUA